UUCCCACGACAGCUCCUUGCACCGUCACAAAACUUCCGUCAACCAGGACGCAUAAAGCGGAGGGCUGCUCAAGGAUCCUACCGUGGUUGUGACGGCGCUCUCGAAAGCAGACAAAAGAGGAGUCCGAAGGGUCCAAGCGGCGCUCACAGUCGCACAGGAAUGGACGGGACGCAGGUGAAGAAAGAGGAGGGCGGCAAGAAAGAGAAGAUAGAAGAGGAGGUGGUGCACCUUCGGAGAGAGAUAGGUCUGCUGCCUGCCGUGUCCUUGGUCAUCGGGACCGUGGUGGGCAGCGGCAUCUUCAUCGCACCCAAGGGAGUGCUGAUGAACAGUGGGAGCGUGGGGCUCUCCCUGCUGGUGUGGGCGCUAUGUGGAGUCCUCUCCUUGUUUGGGGCUUUGUGCUAUGCAGAGCUGGGCACCAGCUUUACAAAAUCAGGGGGCCACUACAUUUAUCUACUGGAGACACUGGGGCCGCUGCCUGCCUUCUUACGACUCUGGGUGGAGUACCUAUUCAUCAGGCCGGCUGUGGCUUCCUAUGUGUCCCUGGCUUUCGGCCGCUAUGUGGUGGAGCCGUUCUUUGCACCUUGUGCUGCUCCCACGGUGCUAAUCAAACUAGUCAGCAUCCUCGGAGUGACAUUUGUCGUGGCAGUCAACUGCUGGAGUGUGACCUUGGCAUCUCGCACUCAGAUCACCUUGACCUUCAUCAAGAUCUUUGCCCUGGUCCUCAUCAUAACCCCUGGCGUCAUCGCAUUGGCCAAAGGGAAGACAGAAAAUUUCCAGAAUGGCUUUGAGGUUGACUCAUUAACGCUGGAUAGGUUGCCAUUGGCCUUCUAUAAUGGUCUAUAUGCCUACGGUGGAUGGUUUUAUCUGAACUUUGUCACAGAAGAGGUCAUUAACCCAAAUAGAAACAUCCCACUGGCAAUAAUCUGCUCCAUGGUGACAGUGACAGUCUUCUAUGUGCUUGUUAAUGUGGCCUACUACACCGUGAUGACCCCUGCGGAGCUCCUGCUGUCUGAUGCCGUGGCCAUGACGUUCGCCAACCGUGCUCUCCAGGGAUUCGCCUCUGUGAUUCCGAUUCUUGUGGCCCUGUCGUGCCUUGGAGCCCUUAACGGGGGCUUCUUUGGAUCACCCAGGAUGCUGUUUGUGGGGGCCAGGGAGGGCCACUGGCCGCCAAUCUUUUCCAUGAUUCACAUCCGCAGACAAACACCUUUGCCGGCCGUGCUGUUACUGUACCCCUUGGUGGUGUUGAUGUUAAUCACUGGGGAGAUCUACCAGCUCAUCAGUUUUGCCUCCUUUGCUCGCUGGUUCUUCAUCGCCUUGGCAACCUUGGGGAUGCUCAUCCAUCGGUAUCGCUUCCCUCUCCACCCAAGACCUUUCAAGGUGCCCUUGGCCAUCGCGGUCACCUUCACAGUGGUUUGUUUCUUCAUCGUGGGUCUGUCUCUGUAUUCAGACCCCUGGAAUACAGGGCGAAGCUGCGCCCUCACGCUGACCGGAGUCCCAGUUUACUAUGUGACCGUCCACCGCUUCCGCUUGCCCCAGAGGUGGAGACGCAUCUUCAACCACUGCAGCAAGCAGCUGCAGAUCCUUCUUGAGGUGGCUCAACAGGAAGUCAAGACAUACUGA